UUGUAUUUAUUAAAUUUUAAAUCAGAUAUUUUUUAUAGGACUUACGAUAAAUUAUCUUUCGUUCCAUGUCCGAAUCUCAACGUUAUUAUUGGUCCAAAUGGAUCAGGAAAAAGCUCGAUAAUUUGUGGAAUAUGCCUUGCAUUAGGCGGUAAUCCAAAGAUUUUGGGUCGUUCCGAAAGGAUUGCUGAUUACAUAAAGCAUGGUGCAGAGUCAGGCGUCCGUAUAAAAGCUGUUUUGAAAAAACAGAAGGGCAUUGUGGAUAAUCCAUGUAAUUUUUUGGCACAGGAUAAGGUUCGAAGUUUCGCGGAACAAAAUCCUCAAGUGUUAUUGGAAAACACCGAAAAGGUAUCCUUGUUGGUCAACAGUCUAGAUAAUCAGCUGGAUAAUUCCUUAAAUGAUUGGCUUCUUCCAUUGGAAUCUAUCACUGAAAAAAUUGAUGCGUGUUACAGUUGCCUUUUUGAGAAACUUGGUUGCGAAGGACGCGUUCAUUUACAGAAACCGGAAGAUAAGUAUGAUAUUGAUAGCUAUGGUGUGAUCAUAUCAGCAAAAUUCCGAAAAAAUGAACACCUUCGUCAACUAACACACCAAGUGCAAUCUGGUGGAGAACGCAGCGUAUCGACAAUGCUUUAUCUUAUGUCGUUACAACAAAUGAGUGUAGUUCCCUUUAGAUGUGUUGAUGAAAUAAAUCAAGGAAUGGAUCCAGCUAACGAGCGACGAGUUUUUGAUAUGAUUGUUAAUUUAUUGUCAAAUGAAGAAAAUCUUGCAAAAACACAAUAUUUUUUGUAA